AUGGGCCGAUGCAUCACUGUCGCGACCUGCUCUCUCCGGCAAUGGGCGUUGGAUUUUGAGGGAAACACAAAUCGUAUCAUCGAGUCCAUCCGGCAAGCCAAGGCUGCAGGUGCCAGACUUCGCGUCGGACCGGAACUCGAGAUUACCGGCUAUGGCUGCAAUGACCACUUCCUGGAAAGCGACACAUUCUUGCACAGCUUUGAGAUGCUGGCACGCAUCAUGAGCGAUGAGAGCUGCCACGGGAUUCUGAUUGAUACCUCGUGUCCCAUCCAACAUAGGAACACGAUCUGGAAUUGCCGGGUUAUGCUGUGCAAUGGCAAAAUCCUCUUCAUCAGGCCAAAAAUGGACUUGGCCAACACUGGCAACUACCGAGAAACCCGCUGGUUUACUCCUUGGAUGAAAAGAGCCGGAUGGGAAGAGUAUCAUCUUCCUCGCAUGCUGCAAAAGCUGCAAGGGGCCACCCAUGUGCCCUUUGGAGAUGUAGUGCUGUCUACGCCGGACUCAACCUAUGGAAGUGAAUAUUGCGAGGAGCUGUGGGCUCCCAUAUCUGGCUCCGUAUUGCAGAGUCUCGACGGCGUAGAGAUCUUCUCCAACGGCUCGGGUAGUCACUACGAGCUACAAAAGCUUGGUGAUCGAGUGCAGCUCAUUGCCGCACAGUCCAAAAAGGUUGGCGGCCUGUAUCUGUACAGUAACCAGCAAGGCUGCGAUGGUGAGCGAGCGUACUAUGACGGCUGUUCGAUGAUCUUUUUAAAUGGCGAACUUCUGUCCGCAACGCCCCAAUUCACCCUCGACGAAGUGUCUGUUGCAACUGCAACUAUUGACUUGGAAGACAUUCGCGCGCAUAGGCAAAUUUCGUCGCGCAACUUUCAGGCCGCUGGGAAGACGCACCAGUAUCACCGCGUUCACACACCCUUUGAGCUGAGCCCGGAUCAGGACGAGCUUCACCUCUCUGGUCACCCAACCUUGCCGAAGCAGCCCAAAUACCACCACGUCGCCGAGGAAUUGGCCCUUGCAGCUGGAUGCUGGCUCUGGGACUACCUCGCCAGGUCAGGCAGUGCCGGCUACUUGAUCCCGCUAUCUGGAGGAUUGGAUUCCUGCUCCACUGCUGUCCUCGUCCACUCCAUGGCUAGAAUUGCUAUCAGCGCGAUGGAAGCUGGCAACCAGAGCGUCAUCGCAACUCUCAAGCGCAUCUAUGGUGACGAUCCUCUCCCCAAGACGGCACAGGAGCUAUGCCACAGAGUCUUGCAUACCGUCUAUAUGGGUGCACGCGUAAGCUCCGAAGAAACGCGCCAGCGUGCCAAAGACAUUGCUGCCAACCUCGGGAGUUAUCACUUGGAAAUGUCUAUUGAUCCAGUUUACGACGCCAUGAAGACUGCAGUGACUGAGUCCCUUGACAUCCAACCCAAAUUCAGGAUGGAGGGGGGAACUGACGAAGAGGGAAAGAGCUUGCAGAAUAUUCAGGCACGCGUUCGAAUGGUCACGGCAUACACUUGGGCGCAGCUUCUACCAAUGAAACGCCAGCUGCACGGCGGUGUAUUAGUCCUUGGAUCAAGUAACGUGGGAGAGUCACUCCGCGGAUAUUUCACCAAAUGGGAUUGUAGCGCGGCAGACAUCAACCCGAUCGGUUCUGUCGAUAAGGCAGAUCUCGUUCGGCUUCUCGAGUGGGCCGAGGUAGAAUACUCACUUCCAGUGCUCGGGGAGACGGUCAAGGCAACGCCGACGGCCGAGCUGGAACCGGUCACUGAGGAAUACACCCAGAGCGAUGAAGUUGAUAUGGGAAUGACUUACCCAGAGCUUACCUUGUAUGGGCGCCUUCGUAAAGAGAAGAAGAUGGGCCCGUACUCGAUGUUCAUGCAUCUGGUCCGUAUCUGGGGUAAACACCGGGAGGAGGUCGACGAUAACCCAUACCUGGAGCCCGCUGAAAUUGCGAGCAAGGUCAAGGCCUUCCAUCACUUUGUUGCCAUCAAUGCCCAUAAGAGAGAAACGCUCACGCCCGCUUUGCACUGUAACAGCUACUCCUGCGACUCCAAUCGGUUUGAUCUACGCCCGUUCCUUUAUCCGCCAUUCUGGAGGAGCUGGAGCUUCAAGAAGAUUGACCGCGAGGUUGCUAGGUUGGAGAAGGCGUACGCGGCUCGAAAAUGA